GCCCCGCAGUUGGCGUCUUCUGCGCGCAGCGCGGCCAGCCCCCUCUCCCCGCCAGGGCUCGGUGACCCCGCUGGGCUCGGGAGGGCCGAAGCCCCUUAUCCGGGGCGCGAGUCGCGUCUCUGCCCCCAGGCUGGCCCUGGCCUCAGGUCCCACUACUGUGAAUUCUUCGCCCAGGCUUCAAAAAAAUUGGACGUGGGGCCUCAGCAAGCACCUGCACCCCAGGCCACCGGGGUCGUCAGGGGCUGGGAUGACUCCUGCCGGCCCUGUCUCCUUUCGAAGUUGCAAAGUGAGGCCUUCCAGAGAACUUUGUCCCCGACACUGGCCUCCCCCUUGGCAAUGGGCGAUGACUGUCCUGACCUCUGACCCUGCUCUCUGGCCCUUUUGGACACAGUGGCCCCUUCCCAUACUCUGGGAUCCAAGUUAAUUAGAAGCUGUCAGGAGGGGCCACCUCCCCACUCAGCCCUCACCCUGCUUCCUGCCCCACCCCCUUGCAGGGCCUUUCCACAGGUCUGGGCCCAGCAUCUCCUCUGCUCCCCAGCUCUGCAGCAGUACAGGCCCUCAGGGGCCCAGCCUGGGGCAGCAGGACGUUCUCUCUGGCCAGCAACCUGGGCCUUCACUGCCGGUGCUUCUGAGACUCGUUUGGUUGAAGUGGUGGUGGCGGAAUGUCCACUUGUUCUGCAGAGAUGACGGAUCCUUUCUGUGUUGGAGGCCGUCGGCUCCCAGGGUCCAGCAAGAGUGGUCCCGGGAAGGAUGGCAGCCGAAAGGAGGUCCGACUGCCGAUGCUGCACGACCCACCGAAGAUGGCUCUCCCUGAUGAACGCCUGGAAGGAUGAGUUCAAGGCACACUCGAGGGUGAAGUGUCCAAACUCAGGGUGCUGGCUGGAGUUCCCCAGCAUCUACGGGCUCAAGUAUCAUUACCAGCGGUGCCAAGGGGGUGCCAUCUCAGAUCGGCUGGCCUUCCCCUGCCCCUUCUGCGAGGCUGCAUUCACCUCUAAGACCCAACUGGAGAAACACCGGACUUGGAACCACUUGGACCGGCCCCUGCCUGCCCCCAAGCCUGGGUCCAUCAGCCGGCCGGUCACCAUCAGCCGGCCUGUUGGGGUCAGCAAGCCCAUCGGAGUGAGCAAACCUGUCACUAUCGGCAAACCCGUGGGUGUCAGCAAACCCAUAGGCAUCAGCAAGCCGGUCUCGGUCGGUAGGCCCAUGCCGGUCACCAAGGCCAUGGCAGUCACCAGGCCCGUGCCGGCCACCAAACCUGUCACCAUCAGCAGGCCCAUGCCGGUCACCAGGCCCGUACCGGCCACCAAACCCAUUACAAUCACCAAGUCUGUGCCAGUCACCAAACCUGUACCUGUCACCAAACCCAUUACAGUCACAAAGCUUGUGACAGUCACAAAACCCAUGCCGGUUACCAAGCCCGUGACAGUCAGCAGGCCCAUUGUGGUCAGCAAGCCGGUGACGGUCAGCAGGCCCAUUGCCAUCAGCAGACACACACCGCCCUGCAAAAUGGUGCUGCUGACCAAGUCGGAAAACAAAGCACCUCGUGCUGCAGGGAGGAACAGUGGUAAGAAAAGAGCUGCGGACAGCCUGGACACCUGCCCAAUUCCACCCAAGCAGGCCAGGCCAGAGAAUGGGGAGUACGGCCCCUCCACCAUGGGCCAGAGCUCUGCCUUCCAGCUGAGUGCAAACACCAGCAGUGGUUCCUUGUCACUGGGCAGCAGGCCCUCAGGGGGCCCAGAGGCACUGAGAGCUUCGGGCCCUGCGUCCCCACCUGAGGAGGACCCUGAGCGCACAAAGCACAGAAGGAAACAGAAAACACCCAAGAAGUUUACAGGGGAGCAGCCAUCCAUCUCAGGGACCUUUGGGCUCAAAGGCCUGGUCAAAGCUGAGGACAAGGCCCGAGUUCACCGCUCAAAGAAACCGGAGGGGCCAGGCCCUGAGGAUGUCCGGAAGAAGGUGCCAGCUGCUCCCAUCGCUGUCAGCAAGGAGGCACCGGCCCACCCAGCUCCAGGCGGCCCCGAGGAGCAGUGGCAGCGGGCUAUCCAGGAGCACGGGGAAGCCAUCUGCCCCACCUGCAACGUGGUCGCCCGGAAGACUCUUGUGGGGCUCAAGAAGCACAUGGAGGUGUGUCAGAAGCUGCAGGAUGCGCUCAAGUGCCAGCACUGCCAGAAGCAGUUCAAGUCCAAGGCGGGCCUCAACUACCAUACCAUGGCGGAGCACAGCGCCAAGCCCUCCGACACCGAGGCCUCUGAGGGGGGUGAGCAGGAGGAGCGCGAGCGGCUGCGCAAGGUGCUGAAGCAGAUGGGACGGCUGCGCUGCCCCCAGGAGGGUUGUGGGGCUGCGUUCUCCAGCCUCAUGGGCUACCAGUACCACCAGCGGCGCUGCGGGAAGCCGCCCUGUGAGGUGGACAGUCCCUCCUUCCCCUGUGCCCACUGCGGCAAGACAUACCGAUCCAAGGCCGGCCAUGACUACCAUGUGCGCUCAGAGCACGCGGCCCCUCCCCCCGAGGAGCCCACGGACAAGUCCCCUGAGGCUGAGGACCUGCUGGGUGUGGAGCGGACCCCAAGCGGGCGCGUCCGCCGCACGUCGGCCCAGGUGGCCGUGUUCCACCUGCAGGAGAUAGCGGAGGACGAGCUGGCCCGCGACUGGACCAAGCGGCGUAUGAAGGACGACCUUGUGCCUGAGACUGCACGGCUCAACUAUACUCGGCCAGGGCUCCCCACACUGAACCCCCAGCUGCUAGAGGCGUGGAAGAAUGAAGUGAAGGAGAAAGGCCACGUCAACUGUCCCAACGAUUGCUGUGAAGCCAUCUACUCCAGCGUGUCCGGACUCAAGGCUCAUCUUGCCAGCUGCAGCAAGGGGGCCCACCUGGCGGGGAAAUACCGCUGUUUGCUGUGUCCGAAGGAGUUCAGCUCUGAGAGUGGCGUCAAAUACCACAUUCUCAAGACCCACGCAGAGAACUGGUUCCGAACAUCAGCAGACCCACCUCCUAAACACCGGAGCCAGGACUCAUUGGUGCCCAAGAAGGAAAAGAAGAAAAAUCUAGCAGGCGGGAAGAAGCGGGGCCGGAAGCCGAAGGAACGGCUCCCGGAGGAGCCUGUGCCCAAGCUGCCCCUGCGCCGGGACGACUGGCCCCUGGGAUGCAGGGACAAGGGGGCCCGGGGCUCCACUGGCCGGAAGCUGGGAGCCAGCAAGGCGCCUGAAAAGUGAGCUUGGUGGGUGGGGCCUAGCCCCCACGCAGCUGCCACGCUGCGCUCUGUCGGGGCAGGGCUAGCCCCAGGACCUCCGUCCUCCAGUUUCUCUCCCGUACCCCUGCCUCUUCAUCUAUCCAGAGGGGGCAGCCAGCCACUCUCUCGUUUCUGAAGGUGGCCCUUCCCUGUUAAGGCUGCCACAGGGCACACCUGGGUUGGGGCUCGCCAAGGUGUGCCCAGGAGAAGUGCAAUAGCCGGUGGGGGGGCCCUCCCUGUGGGAAUGUGUCUGGGGCCUUGGUGUCACGGGGGCUGCAGUGCAGAGCAGGCAGAUGGCCUUUGGCUCCACUGCUCUGCUUCCUCAGGCCCUGCUGGGGCCACACCCUGGCUCCCCCAAGGCUCAGACAUCCCUGGUAACCCGUGGUUCUGGGCUGGUGAGGGCACCUGAGCCACCUGGCAGCCAGCAGCCACCAUCCUGGCCUCACCUCCCCCUAACACUGGAACUCCAGCACCCCCAGCUACCUCCCAGGACAGACCCCCGUCUGACCACUGCCAUGCUGAGCUGACCAGCUCCUGCCCACCCUCAGCCACCCACUUGGUCCCCCUGCUUCUAUUUUCUACCUCUCCAGGCCUGGUCCCCUCCCCCCACCCUUGCCCCUCCUUUGUCACUGCAAUCCCUGCUGUGCUCAGGCCCUGCCCCACAGGCCUGUCUGUAGUGCCCCUAGUUUGAGGUAAGGGAGGGGUUUUGCUUCUGGCACCUACAGGGCAGCAGGAGCUUGAUGCCCUCCAACACAGCCACCAGCCCUGAAGAUGCAGGGCCCCUGGAGUGUGCUCUGCCUCCAGUGUUCAGCCUUUGGGCACUGCAGGCCUAGGUUGGAGCAGCCUCACCGAGUAGGGAUGGACUAAUUUGGGCCCUGGGGUUCUCCCAGAACCCUUGGGCUGUGGGGUGGGAAGCUGGGCAGAGCUGGCCUGGCUCUGAGUGGCCACUGGGGAAAGGCAGCCUACUGUCUGCCAAUCGGGGUAGGCCCAGUGGCCAAGCUCUCAUGGGAGCCCCCUCCCCACUUUUUUUUUUAACCUGUCCCCAUUGUUUCUGGUUGUGUGGUCAUUUGAUAGGAGAACUGAAGGCCAGCCAGGGAGGGGCUUGGCCAAAGUUACAGCAGUUUGGUGGCAGCUCCAGAGCUGUCUUUGCCCCCUUUGUGGCCCUGAGGGUGGCUGGGUCUAUAGGUUCAACAGGGGUCAGGCAGGGAGUCCAGGGUGCCUGGAAGAGCUCCUUCCCUGGGCCCUGCCUUACAACCACAGCAUUGCAGGGAGAAUGAGGCUCAGAGGGGGUGGGUUUGGAGGGAGGCCAUUUUCCAGGGUGGGUGGGAGUGGGCUGAGGGCUCAUCCCCACUGACCCUGGACAAUGUGAAUUUUGAUGUUUGCCCAUGUGCGUGUGUCUCCUGGGUGUAGUGGAUGCCAGUCUUGUUGCUGUGACAAGUAACAACCUUUUUUUUAAAUUGUUUUUUAUACAAAAUCUCACAACAAUCUGACAUUUGGUGCUAAGGGUUUCCUGAUGCAGAUGGUGGGCCUGGGGUUUGGGCGUGGACCUCUGGGGUUUGAGUUCCUUGCUGCUCAGGGAGGCAGUACUGGGCACUGCCUCUGCCCCCAGCACCCGCCCUCACCCAUCCCCCAGGGAGAAGGCCCCACUGGUCUCGGCUUGGAGGAGUGGGGAGACAAGUCCCAGGAGCACUUCAGGGACUGGGGUUGUGGUACACUUCCUGUCUCUGGCUUUAUCCUUGGGACACAAGGCUCUGACCCUCAGCAGCCCUGGCUGGAUGUGCUAGGGAGGGAGUGUGGAGACCUGGACUUCCCCAACGCACACACACCGCAGCCUCAUGAGAGGAUGGAGGCUUGGACAGAGUGCAUGCGACCCAGCGACAGGGGGUCAGGGGAGGCUUUCCUUCCUGCAACCCAGAGCUGCACUGGUGCAGCUGAAGCUGGAGCUGGAAGAGGAGGAGGAUGGGGUCUGGCAGCUGCUGCUGGGGCAGCCUCACGAGGGGAAGGGAGCAAGCACUGGCAGAGGGGCCUAGGUGCACUUUGGCCUGGCAACCAAUGGCAGGAGGAGGUUGGACCUGAACACCUCUGCAGGGUGUGGCGCCUGCCCCAGCCUCUCAGGUACCUGGCCCUUGGGGAGGAGAGAAGAGGGUCUGGUUUUUGCUGGGGGCGAGUUUCCGGGACGCUCCCAAAGCCCCCAAGUAGUCCCUCGUGUGGGAAGGGGAGUCCUGGGUAACUUGAUGUUAGCACUUUAAGCCCCUUUGUCUUUAAGGUAGGCGUGGGGGCUGCUGCCAGAUGUGGCUGUUGGGUUUGACCCAUCCUUUCUGCCCUCUUCUCACACAUGCUGGUCUGCAGAGCCUACCUCCCAAGGGGUAGGGCCCUGGGUGGAGCUCAGCAGGGUCUGCCCCCGGGAGCCGUCAGUAAGGGACCGGCAGGACAGACCCCAAGGCGUGGUGGGCGCCGGCCCAGUCGGGGCCCUCUCUGCAGAUCUACCUCGGGCUCGGCGCACGCCCCUGCCCGGAGAAGAAGGGGCCCGGAAGGGCUGACCCACCGGGCCGACACUCACGAAAGUGGGAUGCACUUUAUUUGCUGUUGUAGAGGCAGGUGAGGUGCGUCCUGCGUGACCGUCGACCCUCCUGCCUGGUGGCGCUGAAGGGAAGGAGCCGGCCAACCUGACCCCGGGCGGGGCCGUCCCCGUGCACCCUGCCUGGCGGGCCCCAGGCGCUCCCCUGCCUCCCGGCCGCGCGUCCUGCGCUUCCGGUCUCUUGGUUUGGGUUUUUUAAUGCCAGUUCUCAGUACAUAAGUGCAUUUUGAAAGAGGUUCCAGCUAUCACUUGUAACCAUAUAUAUAUACAUAUAUAUUCUAUCUACAAAGUGUUUAUUUGCGAGAUGUUUCGACGGUGAGCUCGGGCCCCGCCCGCCUUGUGACCAUCUGUCCCCGGUCCUCGUCCCCGCCCCGCGCCCUGGUCCCGAAUGGCGUGGGGACGGGCCAUCACUGUAUGUACUGAAAUGACUGUAUCAAAUAAAUGUUUAUUGAUUUUUUUUCCA